GAGUUGUGUCGUGUGGAUCUUCUUGUGGUGAUAAGCAAGUGAUAGUGUGAACACACCUGAAGGUCGUGUGGAUCGAUAGCCCAAACGCACAGAUAUGAAUAUGUCGUCCAACGGACAGUCGGUGAUGACCUCAAAGGCGGGACUUAACAUAAAUAUGCCAUCAUUUGGUCCGCAGUCUCAAUGGCAGGGAAACAGUGUCUCAUAUAUGGCGCCAAUCACUCAACUCAAUCAGUUGGCGCUCACCACCAGAGCGGCACUCGGGCCGCAACCCCUGUGGCCAACGCUGGGCCAGCCCUACCCCAACUACUUCGGCCCCCAAAUGGCUAACCCGUACCAACCGAUGGGACCCCCGCCGCCACCGCCCGGCCAUUCGCACUGUUGUAUGAGUUCGUGUCAGAGUUAUCACCACUCAAUGGAUCACAACUGCAACAGCAAUUGGCCGACGAGUAGUAGUGGUGGCGGACCUCCCGGUGCUAACUGUUGGACACAUAGGGAUGGAGAGACCUCUGGCACUGCAAACGCGGCCUCAAUAGUCGAGUCGAUCACUGAGAUCAAGACCGACGACUCGGAUAAUGAGUCGACCAAAUCGGCCAAAAAAGAGACGGAUCUCCAGAAACAACUCAAACAAACGAAAGCCAUUAAUAAAGGUCUGAAGAGUACGAUCGAAGAGACGACCACUCAAUUGAAUGAAAUCCAGGAAUCGCUUCUU